AUGGCUAAUUUUAAAACUCCAAAUGUUCUUUAUUUUGGUGAUCAUAUGUUUUCUGAUUUAGCUGAUCCUAUUCUUCAACUAGGAUGGAGGACAGCUGCUAUUGUUCCUGAAUUGGCAAGAGAAAUUCGCUUACAAAAUCAAGAUGAUUACAUAAGAGAUAUUUUAUGGAUUGAUGCUUUAACAGAAAUUUAUGAACGUUAUCAGUAUUUAAAAGAUCAAUGUGAUGAUUGUGCAGAUAUUCUUAAUCAAUUAGAAGAUGAAAGAAGGCAAACAAGAGAAUCUGCUAAAAAAAAAUUUAAUCCUCAAUUUGGAUCACUUUUUAGAACAUACAAUAAUAUGACAUACUUUUCAAAACGUCUUUCAAGGCUAGCUGAUAUUUAUACAAGUCGUGUAUCAAAUCUAAGUAAUUACUCUGAUAGACAUAGUUUUUAUGCUAGAAGAAAUGCAUUACCACAUGAAACUCCACUUUGUUACAAUCAUAUGAUUAAAUAUGAUUAG